UUUUUUGAUGUACAGCUGGUGGAAGCAGAUUGAAAGCACGGAGUGAGCUGGCGGUAGAAAGUGAUGAAGGCUCGAUGUAGAGGGUUUUAAAAGAAGGCAAGAGAAAAGUUGUUCUUAUGUUAAACGUGGCACACCAAAGAUUCACAGCAGCCAAAAUGCUCUGCCACGUUACUCGUCCGGAUUCGGUGGUGAUGGAAGUGGAAGUUGAUGCGAAGGCGAACGGUGAAGACUGUCUGAAUAAGGUUUGCAGAAAGUUGGGCAUAAUCGAAGUGGACUACUUUGGGCUGCAGUUCACGGGCAGCAAAGGAGAGAGCUUGUGGCUGAACCUGAGGAAUCGCAUCUGCCAGCAGAUGGAUAACGUGACGCCCUGUCGGCUGAGGCUGCGGGUCAAGUUUUUCGUUGAGCCCCAUCUCAUCCUGCAGGAGCAGACGAGACACCUGUUCUUCAUGCACGUGAAGGAGGACCUCCAGCACGGUCACCUGCACAUGGGCUCGGAGCAGGCGGAGGAGCUGAGCGCUCUGCUGGCACAGGCGGAGUUCGGCGACUACAACCAGAACACGGCCCGGUACUGGUACUCAGACCUGUGUGGAGAGGAGCCCAGCGCCGACACCGUCAGCAGCAUCGUUUCCAGACACAAGGCGUUGGAAGGGUCGAGCCAGGCCUCGGUGGAGUACCAGGCCCUGCAGCUGGUCUCCUCCCUGGAGCACUACGGCGUGGAGUGGCACUGGGCUCGCGACGCCAACGCUCAGCGGCUCGCCAUCGGCGUCGGCCCCGAGGGGAUCGCCGUGUGUAAGGAGGACUUCUCUUUAGUCAACAGAGUGAGCUAUCCCAUCAUCCAGAUCGCCACCCAGUCGGGGAAAAGCGUCUACCUGACGGUUACCAAGGACACGAAUGACAGCGUCGUGCUUUUGUUCAAGCUGAUCAGUAACCGGGCAGCGAGUGGUCUGUACCGGGCCAUCACGGAGACCCACGCCUUCUACAGGUGUGACACGGUCACAAACGCCGUGAUGAUGCAGUACAGCAGAGACUUUAAGGGCCACCUGGCGUCGCUCUUCCUCAACGAAAACAUCAAUGUGGGCAAGAAAUACAUUUUCGACAUCAGACGCACCUCCAAGGAGGUGUACGACCACGCCCGCCGCAUGCUCUACAACGCGGGCGUUGUGGACUUGGCGCCGCACUCCGAGAGCGGUGAGCGCUCCCCUCCCUCGCGAUCCCCAAGCCGGGACAGCCGGCGGGACGUGGAGCUGAACUGUAGCAGCUGCCAGCAGAGCCGGACUCUGCAGGAGAGGCUGCAGAAGCUCCGGGAGGCGCUGCUCUGCAUGCUGUGCUGCGAGGAGGAGAUCGACGCCGCCUUCUGCCCCUGCGGUCACAUGGUGUGCUGCCAGAGCUGCGCCAGUCAGCUGGAGCUGUGUCCCGUGUGCCGGUCGGAGGUGGAGCACGUGCAGCACGUCUACCUGCCCACCUGCACCAGCCUCCUGAACCUGACGCUCACCGACAACCAUCAGCACCGCAGCGGCGUCCCGGCUCCCAUCCUCAGAGACGCGGCGUCUCCGCCUCACAGCUGCUCCACCACCGAGUAUGAACACAAGCUCUACCACACGUGAGGAAGGAAACGGACCCACCAAACUCCACUCGGACACUUUAAAGCUACUUGAGAUUUUUUGUUUUUGGUCUGAAACUCACCAACGCCUUCAGAAACUCCUAAUCAAAGAUGGACACUCGUGUCGGCUUUUGGGUUGCCGUUAUUUCCUGUUCGUAAGGGUCGUGUACCGCUUACUUUUAGAUUUUAAUAUUACUGUUAAGUUAUUACAUCAGUUGACCUGAUGCAUGCAGGAUUAUGCUUUUGUAUUGGUAACUUUAUUUUGGCGGAUAGAACACAAACCCUGUAUGUUGUAGAAAAGCUCCAAACGGCACCUUUUAAUUUGAAGGCUUUUUCUUGUAGUUUUGUACAUUUUGAACUUUUGUUGUGGUUUGUGGAUGUGAUGUUAGAGUGGAAUGCGUUUGUAGUGUUUGUUUUUCACGGGCUGUGCUCUCCGUGCCCAUGAGGAGGUAUUUAGAGGCUAAGCAGCGCUGCUCCUGAAUAUAGACGAGGUCGCUAAUCGGAUCCAAGCGGCCGUAAGACGAUCACGCCUCGCUCUUAAGGAGUCCACGAGGCCGAGCAAGAGACCAGGAGGACCAUAAACAGACACCCCAACCAGAAGAACUCCCAAUCUGGUCUCCAUUGUUGAGUUUUUCAACAUUUAGCCGUUUCUGCAUCAACCUUCAAUCUUUAUCUCCAUCCAGCUGGAAAAGAGAAGCUCCUACGGGCGAAGCUUGGCUGCUUCAGCUCCACGUUUCCUCUCUGGGUUUUACUGGCUGGGUAUUUUAAAGGGUACUAGGAGGUGUUUAAGUGCAAUACUUGCUUUCUUUAGCCAAGCUUCUCUGUUUUAUUUAAAUUCAAAGACUUAUUUAAUAGAAAAGAGACAUUGCCACUUUACUAUGGGAGUUUCCCACAUGUCUGUUGGAGGUUUGACCCUAAAUGUAGCAGCAACGUGUUUUUUUAUCAUCACAAAAUCUCCUCAGACUUUGUUUUUAUUUUUCUGGUGACGGAGUUUGUUUGUUCUUUGAUGCUGGCAGUCGAGCUCCGUCACUGCAGGGGGAAGACUUUUAUUCUGUUUCACGUUGAACAAGCAGCGGUUUGUUUCUGUUUUCUGAAGCAAAAGCCACUAUGCUCUGUAAGUUAACUCUUAGUGAAUGAGAGGCUUUUUAUAUACUUUGCUUUUAAUGUAAUAAAGUAUUAAUAAAGUACAUUUUGUAGAAAA